CACUUCUCAUGCAGAGCGCGUCUGCAGAGAGUACCGCUGGGCUCUCUGCGUCCUUCACACUCUUCACGCGUGAGGGCAGUCCACCAAAAACAGAGCCGAAAGUGUCGAAACAUUAUCUUUUGCUCUUUAAUUCUGUGGACAGUCACCCGGGGUCUGGUGGGGAUCGAAUAUCUGAUCGGAAACUCAUCGCAUCCGCCUGCUAUCUCGCUGUAAGGAGGCAUCAGGGAACUGAAGAGGGGAGACAACGUGUUGUGAAUACAGAUGAGAGUAACUAUUGACACCUUCAGCCCACCAGUCUGCUGUGCGCCUGGACAAAGCUAAAAAGGACAUCGCUGCGAAGGAUUCAGCUUUAUAUCGGUCUAUCAAUUCAGGUUGCGAGUCAUCCACUAUCCAUAGAUGCUUAUUUACUAGCUCAGUAUCUUCACCAUAUCUUUUUACUACAUCCCGGAGGUGAAAACUGGCUGCCUGCUAUCUGUUCUCAUCGAAGCGCACAGAAAAACAAUAGAUCUGCCCAAAAACCCAAAUCAGGCGAGACCCGUCUGUGGCUCUGACAUGCUGUAAGUUGUUUUAUCUGGACUGGACCUAUAUUAUGGCUUCGCUGUAUCAGAGAUUCAACGGGAAGAUCAAUACGACCAAUUCAUUCCCGCACCCACCUGAGGCCAGCCACCUUCUCGGUGGACAGGUUGCAGACGAGGAAAACGCAGCGAAGACCCCUCAGCAACUCAUCGAUGGCAGACCUCACGUCCAGUACCGCAAAAAAUGCUUGAAGGAGGAUGAGCAUGACCUUGUGGGCAGUGCUCCGCCGCAGAGGAACUGGAAAGGCAUAGCCAUCGCCCUGCUGGUCAUCCUCAUCAUCUGUUCCCUGAUUGUCACCUCUGUCAUCCUGCUGACCCCUCGUGAAGAUGACAGCCUCGCCCUUAAGAAGAAAGUCACUAUAGAGGAUGUUUUUGGUCCAGACCUUCAUAUCCAUGACCCAGAUGCCAGAUGGCUCAGCGACAAUGAGCUGCUGUAUCGUACAAGGGAUGGUGAUGUUGUCGAGCUUAAUGUUGAUACAAAGGAGAGAACUGUUAUCGUGCCGAACCAGUUGUUUGACAGAUCCAGAGCCGCCAAGUACCAAGUGUCUCCAGACAUGCAACACGUGUUGUUUGCCUUUGAAGUGAAACCGAUCUACCAAUACUCCUAUGUGGCCAAGUACAUUAUUUACAGCCUUGUGACACAGGAAACUUGGCCUCUGAAUCCCCCUGAAGUGCAUGAUGCUGUCCUGCAGUUUGCUGGAUGGGGACCUCGAGGCCAGCAGCUGAUCUUCAUAUUUGAAAACAACAUCUACUACAGAACAACAGUAGAGAGCCGAGCGAUCCGCCUGGUUUCCACCGGUAAGGAGGGAGUCGUCUUCAAUGGCCUUGCUGACUGGCUGUAUGAAGAGGAGAUCCUGCAGACCCACAUAGCCCACUGGUGGUCUCCAGACGGGCUGCGUCUAGCCUACAUGACUAUCAAUGACACUCUGGUGCCGAAGAUGGAAGUUCCCUUUUUCACAGGAACGCCGUACCCCGCCAGCUUGGAGUAUCACUACCCAAAAGCUGGGGAGGAAAACCCUGUAGUGCACCUGUCAGUGGUGAGCCUCAACGGUCCCCUGCACACCGUGGUGAUGAGGAAACCUGAUGACCCCCGAAUAGGGAGAGAAUAUUAUAUCACCAUGGUGAAAUGGGCCACCAGCACCAAACUGGCUGUCAACUGGCUGAACAGAGCCCAAAACAACUCUAUCCUGACACUGUGUGAGGCUACAACAGGAGUCUGCAUUAAGAAACACGAGGAUGAGAGUGAGAGCUGGUUGCACAGACAGAAUGAAGCGCCGCUCUUUUCCCAAGACGGACACAAGUUCUUCUUCACCAGAGCAAUCCCUCAGGGUGGGAGAGGAAAAUUUUUCCACAUCUCUAUGUCCACCUCUAUGCCUAACACUAGCACAGACAUACUUCAGUCCCUGACCUCUGGAGACUGGGACAUCACCAGCAUCUUGGCCUACAAUCAUAAAAGGAACCUCAUAUAUUUUCUGAGCACAGAGGACGACCCCAAGCGACGGCACUUGUACAGUGCUGACACAAUCCCUCCAUUCAACCGCUGCUGCCUGUCUUGUGAGUUUAACUGCGGCUAUGUGGACGUUUCAUUCAGCCACAACAUGCAGUACUUCUUACUCAACUGUAAAGGUCCAUAUGUACCAACUAUGGCUAUCUAUAGCACCAAGGACAAACAGAAGGUGUUUGACGUGGAGACAAAUGAAAGGGUAAACAACACGUACAACAACAUGCAGAUGCCCAAAGUGGAGAACAAGACCAUCAUCAUAGACGACUACACUCUGACGAUGCAGAUUCUGAAGCCAGCUGGAUUCGUAGAAACAGCCCAUUACCCCUUACUGCUGCUAGUAGACGGUACGCCCGGCGGGCAGAUGGUGUCGGAGCAGUUCCGGGUGGACUGGGCCACAGUUCUGGUCAGCAGCUUCAGCACCAUCGUCAUCCGCUUUGACGGCCAUGGCAGCGGCUUCCAGGGGACCAACUUUCUCCACAAAGUCAGGAGGAAACUGGGAAAACUCGAGGAGAGGGACCAGCUGGAGGCACUCAGGUUCAUAUCUAAAGAGCCUUACAUUGAUAAGACUCGAAUGGGAGUUUAUGGAAAGGCCUAUGGAGGAUAUUUAGCCACGAUGCUUCUGAGCUCUGAGGAGUUUACCCAACUUAAAUGUGGAACAGCAGUCUCCCCCAUCACAGAUUUCGAGCUAUAUGCAUCUGCAUUUUCAGAACGAUACCUCGGCUCAAAGACAGAUUCCCGAGUAUAUGUGAUGGCAAAUUUAGCACACAGAGCGGGUCAGCUUGUGCAGAAGCAGUACUUGAUAAUUCACCCAACUGCUGACGAAAAGGUUCACUUCCAGCACACAGCCAAAUUUAUCAAUCAUUUAAUCAGUGUGAAGGCCAAUUACAGUCUACAGAUCUACCCAGAUGAAGGACACUUCCUACACAGUGAUGGGACACAGCAGCACCUGAGCCAAUCCCUGGUCAAUUUCUUCGAGGAGUGUUUCCGAGUGCCGGAGAUACUGACGGACGACCGGCAGGAAGAGGACGAGGACGACAGUUAAACCUGCUCCUCUGAGCAGCCCCGGCCAGCUCCUCCAGCACAAUAUGCAACAGAUCUUUCUAACCCAAUCAACCCGCACCACCACCUGUCCAAUCUGAUUUUAGCUCCACCCUGUAGUGCAGCACCUGCAUGUGCAAAAGGGGCCUCGGGCCUACAUCCCCUCUCCUCACCUCAUGCUGGCUGCUGGCGAGGAAUCCAGUCAGAAAGACAAAAUAAAUCUCAGAUGUGAAGUCACAUCGCUCUCUGCUGUUGGAAUAUAUGGACUAGCACUCCCUCUGGUGGACAAAUAGAGGAUCAACAUAACAUCCAUUGAGCAAUGCGUCUCCAUUCCAAACCAGGCACAUUAAUCGAGCGCUUUGCAACACAAAAUAUCCCCCCUGAAGAUCAGUUCGUUAUGUUGAGAUAUAACUUUUGAAAGGCUGCCAGUUUCCGAUAACCUUGCAGACCAACUUACUGAUUAUUGUGUAUGAGUAUGAUUACUGCUACUUGUUUCUCAGAAUUUCUCUGUUCAGUGUUGUCUAAAAGUGGAUGUCUGGCUGCAUCAGUCCUUAGUUGCUUUACAAAACAAGGGCACAAUGUUUAACUUGUGUUGUUCUCCAAAAAACAAAGUGUCUAUUCAAAAAUGGUAUGAAAUCAUAUUUUCCCUCCUCGUAUUUCAGAAAUGAACUCUUGUUCUUUUAGUCACUGUGCCUUACUGUGGGUGAAAUAUUCAUGUUAGGAGCCCACAUGACACUGAAAAUGAGUAAAUAUGGAUAGGCCUUGUCUGAACUGUGCAUUCUGUUGAUAGCUCAAACCUAGAUCAUGAUUUCAUUUUCCUCAGUUAUUAGUGAGGGAAAGCUGAAAUCACAAGGUAUGGCACAUUUUAUCUCAAAACAUGGAAAGAACUGAAUACAAAAUAAUUGUAUGUCUGCGUGAAAGAUGGUAUUGUACUGACAAAAAUGUAAAGUAUUUAGUUUGCAAAUACAGUUCUUGAUAUUUACCUUUCAAACUGGCAUACUGGUGAGUUAACUAUGCUGAAUUUUCAUUAUUUAGUGAAUUGCUUUGACUCGUGUGUUAUAUGGCUUGACUCUCUCCCCAUGUCAUUUCUGUUAGUAUUGUCAGUGGUUUCUAGUCAGCUGAUGUACAAAGUGUAUAAAUCUUAAGUCUUUAUGUUGUAUGUGCAACUUGUAUAUAAAGCAUUUUGAAAUGUA